AUGGGAGGCGCCAACCGUCCUGUAAAUGCGCCGAAUCCCAUUCCUCCGCCAGCAACAGCCGGCCUGCAUGGCAUCAGUGCAGGAGGACAGUCGAUGCCGAGUGCGAUCCCUCGUGCUGAAGUUCGUCCCGGCAUUGGGGGGGGAGGACCCGUUCCCACGCAGCAAUAUCCAACGCAUCAACAAGAUCAAUUUCCCCAACAACAACAGCAGCAGCAGCAAUAUCCCCGGAUGCAGCAGCAACCUGGCAUGUGCCAGCUUCCUAUCCCAAAUGUGAACCAGGGCCAAGCCUAUUCAGGCCAGCCCUCGCACUUCCAACAGCGCCCAAACCAGCAACAACAGCAACAACACAUGAACCAACAGGCCCCCGGGCAGCGCAGACGCGAACGCAGGGGCGAAGUCGUCGACCUACGCAAUGAAAACAUGUCCGAGGACGAAGCCCGUCACAAGCUCUCAUCAUACGUUGUCCUGCGUAUGGAAAAGGCUCGCAGCCCAAAUGCGACGGACGAGCUGGGCUAUCCGCGUCUGCCGACCUGGGAAUGCGCCAUGCAUACGAAAGAAAAGGACAUUUCCCAGGAGGAAGCAGCCCGCAGAGUGUAUGAGCUCAACAAAAAAAGCGACGGAGUUGUGCUCAAGAAGAAGGAACUGCCAGAGGUUGUGCAAAAACAGAUUGAGGCUGCCCAGGAUCAUUUAGAAGACUAUGAGCACGACGAUAGAUAUGAGUACCACUUGGCGCAGCUGGAGAGCAAGAUUAAAGAGAUUAACGAGAGUAAUCCGUUGUAUCAUAUCAACAGCUCGAGGCCAGAAAAGUCCAGGAACGAUAGACAGCACAAGGACAGGCAUCGUCGGAGCAAGGAGUACAGGAGUGACAGGGUGUAUCAGAGGGACAGGAAGAAACAGGACAAGAAGUACGAGAGGGCAAGUGUGACGGCAUACUUUGAAAGAGUGCCCAAGAGAAACGAGGAUGUGAUUGAGAUGCUGCAGGAGGAGAGGAGAUUGAAAAGGCAGUCGUCUGCUGCGAGGGGACAUUGGCAACAGCAUCACAUGCCCAUGGGCAGCAUGACGGAUGCUCACACGGCGCAUCAGGAGCAGCAGAGAAUGAAUGUGCCACAGGCGCAGCAGCAGACGAAUGCGAAUCCAGCCAUGCCGCAACAGUUUCGACCAGCGGCGCAGCAGCAGCAGCAGCAGCAGCAACAUCCUCCACCUCCUCAACCUCCUCAGCCUCGCCCGCCGCAACAUCCCCAACAGCAACAACCGCCUCCGUUCCGUCAACCACCACCGCCACCACAACCACCACAACAUCCUUUCCCUCCCCAAGGCCAGCAAAUUCCCCGGCCUCCAGCAGCACCACAACCGCAAGUAAACCAGCAGCCACCGGCGAGGCCCAUGCCGCCCCGAGUGCCAGUGCCCCCCCAAGUGCCUCCCCAAGUGCCGCCUCAAGUGCCACCGCAACAUCCGCAACAACAACGACCAUCGCCACCCGUACCACAAAUCCCCAGGAAUAUCAACACGGCCCCGGGUCCGAGCCACCAAGCUCGCCCCAACACGCCACACAACCUGCGGCCCUUCACACCCAACCGCGACAUCAGACCUGGCGGCCAGCAGCGCGCCCGCCCGGUCUACGCAGAAUCCCCUCCCAGCCCACACAGCUCCCAGGACUCCGUCACAUCCUUCGACAGCGACUACUCGUCCGACGAAGGGGACUACACCACGCCCCAGUCGUCAGUCGCCUCCGGCAGCCGGCACCCCCGCACCCGCCGCUCCCCGUCCAAGCCCCGUCACGGCCGUCGAGACCGCCCCGAGCACUUCGGCAUCGACGCCCCUCCGCAGAGGCAGCAUUCCAAGCGGGACAAGGACCACGCCAUGCCGCCCUCACCACCCUCCACCUCGUCCUCCCCGCGGCAGCCCGCGUUCGAGUACUUCCAGAGGGGGUACCAGAUGGGAAAGGAGGACGGCAGGCAGCAGAACCGCCCGGUGGUCGUACAACCCCCUUCCCCGCGCGCCGUCCCCGCGCGCAGGGUGAGACAGGCCGUCCACUUGGACCAGCCGGACGGCUUGACCUACAGCAUGGGGCAAAUGCGCAUCGCGGACCAUCUUCGCGGGGAGCGAACCUACGGGAGGGACAGGGACCCCUAUUACCCCUCUGCAGAGGAUGACUUCCAAGGGGGCAGGAGAUAUCCGAGCCGGGCAUCUCGACGGAAUAUCUUUGACGACGAAUAUGACGACGACUUUGGCGACCGGCGAGGGAGACGAUAUGCGAGCAGACUGUCCAGAGGGGAUAUCGUGGACGAUGUAUAUGAUGAUGAUGAUCGGUGGGUGUCGCCGACGGCUUGGGAGUAUACAGUUAGGAGGGACGGCAGAGACGACAGGUAUAAUCCCAUGAUGUCGGUGGGCGGCUACCGACCCGGCCAGCUGUAUUAA